AUGUCAGAUUCUGAAGAUGAAUUUCACGGUCAGCAGAAAGUUUGUGUCAUUGGCGAUUCUAAUACUGGAAAGACUAGUCUAAUUCGUCGGUAUUGUGUCGAGAAUUCCUGCUUCAAUGAGCAAGUCACCCCGACGGCUGGUGUCGAUUUCUAUAUACGCGAAGAAAUCGUUCUACAAUGCAAGGAUCCCGUGAAAAAUAAGAAUAAAGAAUUAAGGACAUCAUUGAAAAUAUGUGAUAUUGGAGGAAAAUGUUCGAAGGGAACGAAGAUGUUUGCUAGCUAUUUGCACGGAGCCAAUAUUAUCAUUUUGGUGUAUGAUGUAACCAACAUGAAGAGCUUUGAAAAUUUGUCUAAAUGGAUUGAACUCGCUAAAAAUCAAAAUGUUGGAAAGAACAUAUUUUAUGCAGUUUUGGGAAAUAAAAAUGAUUUAGAACAUCAACGAGCAGUUCGCUUGGAUAAAACAGAAUCGUUUUGCAAAAAACACGCUAUUCAGGAUUAUUUGUUAUCUGCCAAAAGCGGCGAUGGGAUAACCUCGGCUUUCCAUGAUGUCAUAGCAGCAUACCACGGAUUCCAAUUAAUUGAAAAAAACUUGAUAUUAACACAGAACAAGAUUGUUCAAAGUGAAAAUGAAGGAACAAUAAUUAAUGCCGCACAACAAAAUGAGACGAAUGAUAUAAAUAAUACAGAAUAUAACAAAAAGUCAAAAAUUUCUUCUGUAUGCUCUUUACAAUAA